UCCUAUUGUCUCCCUUUGUUCGUAAGAACAUUUUACAAAUAAAGAAAAGGUUAAGCUGCCAUUUUUGACUUGAGAAUCUUCAUUUGUUCUUUCACUUCUUUGACUUCAAAAUCUUCUCCAUUCUUUAACAUCCUUUUCAAAUCUUCAAGGUUUCUUUACUCUUUUUUCCCGGGCUUUGGCUCUUGAAUGAUAUCAAACGAAGGUAUAUACAUAGAUAGAGAGAGAGCUAGAGAGAGAUAUAUAGUGUGUGUGUGUAAGAUAAAGAGAAAGAGAAAGAGAGGUUAUGGCUAUUGACGUUUGUUGUGCGGAGGCUUCUGGUUCUGGAAUUAGUCCAAGAAUCUCAUUCUCCUACGAUAUAGACUCAACGGACGACGGUGAAGUCAGAUUAGACUCAACACUUCUUGAAUCAGGUUCAGAGUUCGAUUUCUGCUUUGGCUCAAGUUGUUCUGUUCAAGAAGUUUCUCCGGCUGAUGAACUCUUCUCCGAUGGCAAGAUUCUUCCCGUACAGAUCAAGAAAGAUUUACCACAGCCAGUACCCUUCCGUGUUCAAAGAUCUGCUUCUCUCUCAUCAUCAUCUUCGUCCUCUUCCUCUUCCUCUUCUUCCUCAUCGAGAGCACCAGAAAAAAAGAUGAGACUCAAAGAGCUUCUAUUGAAUCCUGAAUCUGAUUUCGAAGACAAGCCAAGAGGACUGUUCUUGCAGUUCAAGAGAAGCAUAAGUCAAAACUACGACAAGAGCCAAAACAGCAAAGGGCUGAUCAGAUCGCUUAAUUUCCUCUCAAGAAGCCACUCAACAGGCUCUGCACCAAACCCUAAACCUAGCUUACUCCCCAAGGAAACCAAUCACCCACACAAGACUCAUCACAAUCUUCCUAAACACACGUCUCCAUUAAGAAGAUCAGCUUCGCUCUCAGCUUCUUCAGUCCCUUAUCACUCGAAGCCACAAGGCAGAAAGAGUUUCGGAAACGGAAACGGUGGGAUCCGAGUCAGUCCGGUCCUGAACUUCCCACCUCCGACGUUCAUCUCAAACGUCGCCGACGGAUUCUUCAGCAUUGGAUCUCUCUGUAGUGGUAAGACAAACACAAAGACAAAAUUAUGAAAAACAUCUUUUGGAAUUUUGUGGCCGGAGAGGGGGAAAAAAGUUCAAACAAAAAAUGUCUUUAUUAUUUAUUUUUAUUUUUUUCUUACUGUGUUGUAUAAUGAUGGAAUAUUAAUAUAGACAGCACAUGUGAAGA